AUGGAAAGAGAACAAGCAAAAGGUAAGUGUUUAUCCUUUCCAACAACAAACAAUUAUUUAUUUUUAUACCUUUAGAUGCCCCAAAAGUUACUCUAAGUAAUGCUUUACUUAACAAACCUAAAUAGUACAUCUCAAUUUUAAGCCACUACUGUGCCACUCUUCAAAUACAUAAGAGAAGGGUUUUGAAUGAAAAGUGAGUCUGAUUCUUCCAUUGGAUGCAUCAUUUUUGCAUGUUUGGAAAUUGAGGUGCAUACGUAUUUCCUCAUAAAAUAAUUCUCUUAUUUGUAAAAUGUUGUCAAAUCUCCUCAAGAGAAAACACCACCAAAUACUUUGAGCAGACUAAUUUCCUGAAGAGCUCAGGGAGGAGAUCAUCAUAGGGUGAGGUCCCCAAUGGCCAUCACAGACGAUAUCAGCAGCCAAAAACACGAGACAGAAACUGUAACAACAUACCAAUAUGAAUAACAAUCUAAAGUUGACCUCUAAAUAUUCUAAAUACUGAGUAAAACCCUUCUGUCAGGUACUGUAAAGACUAAUCUUGGACACUAAGUAAUCAUUCAGUUUAUUUGCCUCUCUGUAGUUAAAGUUGUACCACUCGACAUGGGUGUAUCGAUACUAUUGUACUGAUAUUUCAAUACUUUUAAAACACUCAUUUAGUAUCAGGUACUUCUAAAGACUAUCAAUACUAAAUGAUUACUUCCACCAAACAUCUGUGACUACGUCUCCUCCAGCUGUUUUCAGUAAAUUUCUGCUUUGCCGAGCCAGCUGUUUACUUCCGCACUGUAUCACAUGACUGUGGGGACCAAUCAGACAUCAGGGACGAUGUCCCACUGCACAGGCACAGACCCAAAUAACACCCUCUUUUCAGUCCUCAUCAUAUCUUGCAAUGAAGCAGAGUUUAGGUGCAACAUAAUGAGAAGCCAUUGUCCAAUAUAGACAAAAAUAAUUCUAAAUGCAGCAUUUGUGACACUGUAGCUGCUUAUACUGUAGCUCCAUAAUCAUUAGGCUACAUGUUUAAAAUCUAAAAGAAUUUGCCCUGAGAGUUACAUGAAAAGCUGAAGACAGAAAUAAGUUAUCCCAAUCACCUGCUGCACCAUCCAUUGUACUUCAGAACUGACUGCAUGAGAGUUUUUAGGAAGGCAGAGCUUAUUCAAGAAGAGGCAGCACCAUUAUCACUGUUGAUAGAAUUAGGACUUUGUAUUUUACCAAGUAAGAAUAUAAGAUAUUUGAAAUGUACUGUAAGCUCACUACAUUAUAGAGGGAAAUAUUGUAGAAAACAGUCAGAUCCAUGUAUUUAAACACAUUGGUUCCUUUUCUUUUUUUGUAAUGAGAAUUGGGAUUUGAUUUGCUAUUCCCAAAAGGAAAAUCUAGCUUCUAUUAUAAUGAUAUCCUCUUUAUGUCAUUAGAUGUGCUUUCAAGUGUAAAGGGGUACUUUUAGAUCAUUUUCAAUAUUUCAUCCCACUCAAGAAGUAUCAGUACUGGUAUUGACAAAACUACAUCAAAAAGUAACAGCAUCGUAUCAAAUUUAAAAAGUUUGGUUUUGCUUAUUCCUAAGUACUACAUUACAAGUCAAAUAGAAACAUUAUACAGUUUAUUAUCUUAAAUACAUGUCUUUGCCAGAUAUACUGACAUUAAACUUAAGAAAACAUGGAUAUUAUUUAUCGUAGACUGACACUUGAUAUGACAAAUAGCACUUUUAACACGAGGCAUAAUUAACAGUAUAUUGCAAUUGUGAUUUGCAAGUGACAUUUGCUAAUUUCUUGAUCAACAGUGAAAAGUCAACGAAACAGCAGGGUGACCCAAACAGAGGGAAGAAGAACAAUAGAAAAAAGUAAGAAACUUGGUGAUCAAAACACAAAAAUGGACUUGCAAGCCAAACGACAGACUAUCAAAAGACAAAGACUGCUGACUUGUGAGGUACUAGAGGAGAUCGACCAAAUUAAGGAGGAGAAUGAAAGGGAAAGAAAUGAACUUGUCCACCUAAAAGCAAAGACAGAGCAGCAACAAAAAGAAAUUGAAAGAUUGACAGCUGAAAAACAGGAACAGUGUUCAUUUAUAGAAAGACUCAGGAUACAGGUAGAUGAUCUUACAGAAAAACUGAAUGAGAGUAAAAAGGAUGCUACUCAAGAAACAUUCAAUUAUGAUGAAACAAAAUCAGACACAAGUAAGGAGUCCAAAGAGCCUGAAGACCAGCAGGAGAGAAGGGAAAGACUUAUGGCUGAAAGUGUGCUGAGACUGUUAAGCAAAAAUGAGAAAUUAAUGCUUGACACCAAACUGGCAAAAGAGAAAAUGGAGAAAAUCAUGGCAGAUGCAUCUCAAAUGCUAAGAAGUAAUCAAUCAAAUAUUUUACAGUGCAGAGAGCAUUUUGAACACACUAAACAAAAGAUGAACGAAUUUUUAAAUCAGCUAAAGCAACAGAGGACAUUAAUUAAAACAGAUGUCCAAAUGCAAGACACCAUAGUCCCAGAGAUUAAAGACACACAAAUACAGCCAAAAGAAAAAGAUAAGUUUGAAACUGUGAAGAUCAAACUCUGCAAAAUCCUGGAGAACACAGAUGAACUUUUGGAUGUCCUGGAGGAGAGUGAUCUGGCUGUGAAAACGUUUGAGUUUGAGGCAGGUCAGGUGAAAUCUGAUUCUGAAAAGCAAAUACAAACGACUGAAGAAAGCAUGAAGAUAGCACCACAUGGAACUGGAGAGAGACAAAAACAAGAUGCAGAAAGCAAGUUAACACAAGUUCAGCCUGAAAGAGAUGAAAUAGAAAAAAUCAAAAAGGAAUUAAAAGCAGAGAGGGAAAAGAUCGAGAGGGACCGACAGUCAGCGAAAACAGAAAUGGAUACAAUGACACGCAUGAGGGAAAGUAUUGAAAGGGAGAAACAACAGCUGGAAAAUAAGUUAAAGCAGACAAAGAGAGAGAUAAGAGAGAUGGAACUGAUUAAAUCUGAGGUUGAAAUAAAGAAAAGGGACUUGGUAAAAAUGAUAAGAAUGAGCAGGAGGAAAAAAGAAGACACCAGCAAAUCAAAGGAACAGAAACACAUGGAAGACAGACAAGAGGAUCCCGAGGAUCUGAGAUCUGAGCAUGGAGUUGAUCAACCAAGGACUUAUUUUAUACAGGCUGACAGAGCUAAAGAAACACUUCAAAUGAAAGAAGAUCAAUUUGAGAUAGACAGCAUGGAGAAAAGCAAGGACAAAAAGACCACUGACAUACAGGAAGUAAGUCCUGAAGCAAGAGAAAUGAGAGAGGUUCUGUGUGAAAUGGGAGAAGACUCAGAGCAAGACAGAACAAACUUGUCAGAAGAAAAGAGCCAAAUGAAAUGGAUUAAUUUCCAUGCAAAGAAAAAGCAACGUGAGCUUGAUCGAUGGCGGGAGAAGACGAUGAGGGAAAGAGAUGAGCUAGAAAUUAUGAAGAACAAAAUACAACGACAAAAAGAGGAGGUCCAGCAACAACUGGAAAGUGCCAUAAAAACAGUUUUGACAAUAAGUGGGAUUAAAGCUUGCAUCGAAAAAGCUGCUGCAGAGAUGAACAACACAUGUGAAGAACUUCUGAAAGCGCAACAUGACAUGGAGGAGAACAAGAAGGAGGUGGAUAAAGUCAUGGUGAGUAAAUCUCUUUUUUCUUUAUCAUAUAUGAUCAUUUGCUGUUUUAAAAAGCAUUAAAGGACAGGUAAGUAAAUAUGUUUCUUUGUGUUAGAUGUGAGUCCGACUAGCUCAGGGGUCCUGGUGGAUGCCAAAACUUUUGUGGUUUUUAAAGAUUUUAUUAUUUUUUUAGGAUGAAAAUGAUUUCUCUGAUAAAAUAAAUGGCUAUUGCAGGUUCUUAGCUAGUGACUCUGAGUUGAAAUAAUGAGGAAAAAUCUUGACGAGUCUGUUUUUAUGUUAAGGUUAAGCUGACUUUGUUGAAAGUUCGGGUCAGCAAGUGGAUACUGAACGAGUCUUCAAUCAAAAAGACUUUCACAAUGAAACCAUUUGAACUUCAAGAACCACAGACAGAAACAUACAGAGACCCCCUCAAAGACCAAGAAGAUGAAGACAUGGAAGAUGAAAUCACAAAAGAAGUCACAACUCCACAACAGCUGUUGACAUCAGUGAGCCUUCAUCAGAGUGAAGAAGUACAAACAGGAGUGGACACAAAAGGACAGCAAAAUGUUUUCUUUCAGAUGCAGGCAGAGAUUCAUGAUGAUGCAUCAAUGGGUGAUCAGACAAAACUGGUGAUAAACUUACAAGAAAAGGCUGAAGUGGAAGAGGAGAUAUUACAACUAAGGGAGAGAGAGGAAAAAACAAAGCAGGAUAUGAUAUCUGCCAUGCAGGAAAUGGAGGAAGAAAAUAGAGAGAUUAAAAGGCUCAUUAUGGAAAUUAAUGACCUGCAGAGCCAAAGGCCAGAGAUUGAAAAUGGGUUUCAAAUUGCAGCUUUGGAAACUGGAAAGGACGAGGAAGGCAUCAGUGGACUGCUGAAAGGAACAAAAGACCAAGAUGUAUUGAGGGCUCAAAAGGAAAAACUACAAGGUGUCACUUUGGAGCAAAAAAGCUGUGAGACUGAGCAAAUUAAGAUGGUAAGAAUCGAGCAUUGGGAACAACAGGGUGAGAAUGGAAAUAUUAAGAUGUUUAAACAAGAGUUUGAAGGAGUAGAGGAAAUCAAAGGUCAACCGAGAGGACAUGCUGACACAGAAAGAAGUGAGAUGAACUUGCCUCAGGACAGCGUUGCAGGACAGACAGAGGGGCUCAACGGUAGAUUACUGCAAAUUUCUGAGGAAGAAAUGAGAGAAAAUGAGCCUCUGGAGCUGCAAAUGGAAAUAAAGAAAAAAGAUAGUGAAAAGAAAUUUAGAAAGUACAUGAGAAAAAGCAGAGGGAGAGAAAAUCAAGGAGACAAGUUUUCACAAAGAAGAGAGACCAAAAAAAGAAAGACAGAGUUUGAGGGAGGGUUUGAAGAAUCAAGAAAAAAGGGUGCAGAGCUGAAAAUAUUGAGAACCAACAAACAACCAAAACAGAAGGAGCAGCCAGUUGAUGAAAAUCUGAACUUCAAUGUCAAGGAUACAGCUGAAAUCAUAAACCUCAGCUCAAAGGUCACUGAAUGCACCAUUUACAUUGAGAACAUGAGACAGAGGAUAAAUGAACAUCUACAAAUGAUAAAGAGAAAAGAUGCACUUCUGACUGACGUAAACACUGAAUUAAGUAAACAAAGAGAAGAGCUCCAAUUGUUAGAAGUUGAAAACAGAACUCAAAGACAAAAAAUUAGAGAAAUGAAAUCAAAGUUGGAGGCUGACCUUAAAAGGAUGACUGAACAAGCCAAAGAAGAAAAACAUAAAAUGGUCCACAUGUGGGAUGAAAUCCAAAAUCAAAAGAAAGACAUUGAACUUGCUCAAGAAAAGGUGAAGAAAGACAAAAGAGAAGUAGAAGUAAUGAUAUCUGAAAUGGAAUGGAAAAGAAGAGAAUAUGAAAAGAUGGUCCGGAAGCACAAUCGUCAAGAACAAGAAGCCAAAAGACUACAGGAUGAGGUAAGGGGGGAACAAAAAGCUCUUAAAUGGGAAAUGAAAAGGAAAGAGAGAGAGUUUGACCAGCGUCUACAAACAAUCCACAAAGAAAGGGAUGAACUAGAAAUAGUAAAAUUGAAAAUAAGACAAAGUGAAAAAAGAAACAAUGAAAACACAGAAAAAGGCAUGUCAUUAAUAGAUGAAGUGAAAAGAAAUGUGGAAACAUUGCUGGAAAAGAAAGAAGAUGUACAAAUGCUGUACAAUUUAGCACAGCUAAUCCUGCAAAGACUCAAAACGGAAAAAAUGACAGAUAAAGGUAACAACCAGCUGGUGGCAGACAUGGCCACCCAGACACAAGACCAGGAGAAGCAAUGGCAGCUGAAGCUUGACGCUGACAAACAUGGUCUGGAGAAGCUCAAGGCAGCGCUACAGAAAGACCAAGAGGAUCUGAACAGAGGCAAUGAGACACUGAUCAAGGAAAAAUUGGACUUGGAAAGGACCAGACAGGACUUCCAGAAACUACAAGAGGAAGAGAAAUACAAGAUGCAACAGGAAAGAGACGAGCUGGAAGUGACAAAAGCUGAGCUGCAAAAGGACAAACAACAGGCAAAGGAGCUGCUGGAUGAGAUGAACAGAGAGAAAGCCAAGAUCAAAGAGAUGACCCUUCAGCUGGACACCGAAAGAGAAGAGCUUGAAAGCAGCAAGAGCAAAAUGUCCUUGAAACAGCAACAACAAGAGCUCAAGGAAGUGGACUUGCAAGCGCUACAAGAGAAAAUGGAGAACACUGAGCACAGGGUACGCUCUGCUAGAGAGGAACUGCAAGCUCUCAAGAACGACCUGGACAAGAAGAAAGAAGAACUGGACGCUGGCAUGACCAUCAUCAGGCAAGAGAGAGAACAACUCCAUCAGAUCAAGACUGAUAUGGAGAGGGCCAGAGAAACCCUUGUCAAGGAAAAGCAUGAAAUAAGCGCACAGAGGGCCAAGCUCCAAAGGAAGGAAGACGACCUGGUCAACACAAUGAAGCCAAUGGAAAUGCUCAAAGGCAAACUUGAACGGCUGAAUGAAAAGAUGCGUUCAGACCUGAAAAACAAAAUGGACACCCUGCAGCAGAAAAAUGAAGACCUGCAAGCGCUGCACACUGCACUGGAGCAGAGGUUGGCCACACUGGCUCAACAGAAAGCAGACAUGGAUGGUAACACCCAGCUGCUGGAGAGAGAAAAGACUGGUCUGAAGGCUCUGCUGGCAGACAUGGCCGCCCAGACACAAGACCAGGAGAAGCAAUGGCAGCUGAAGCUUGACGCUGACAAACAUGGUCUGGAGAAGCUCAAGGCAGCGCUACAGAAAGACCAAGAGGAUCUGAACAGAGGCAAUGAGACACUGAUCAAGGAAAAAAUUGGACUUGGAAAGGACCAGACAGGACUUCCAGAAACUACAAGAGGAAGAGAAAUACAAGAUGCAACAGGAAAGAGACGAGCUGGAAGUGACAAAAGCUGA